AUGUCGGCAACUGUUAUGGAGCAUACAUCAAUGCCUUCUGCAUUGGAAUUUGACAUUCAUGCCAAAUGCUCUACAACCAAAGCUCGGGCAAGCACACUCCGUCUACACCAUGGAGCUGUCUCAUUGCCGAUAUUUAUGCCUGUUGCGACACAGGGUUCACUCAAAGGUCUGACCUAUGACCAACUCAAGCAGACAGGGUGCAUGUUGUGUUUGAAUAACACGUACCAUUUGGGUCUUAAACCGGGACAGGCUGUCCUAGAUCAAGUGGGCGGCGCACAUAAGUUGCAAGGAUGGGAUCGGAACAUCCUAACUGAUAGUGGCGGUUUCCAAAUGGUCUCUCUACUGAAACUUGCAAAUGUUACCGAAGAGGGUGUUCGGUUCCUCAGCCCUCAUGAUGGCUCGCCUAUGCUCCUUACCCCCGAACAUUCGAUUUCUCUUCAAAAUUCAAUUGGAUCAGAUAUCAUCAUGCAGCUAGAUGAUGUGAUUGCAACUACAUCACCAGAUCAUGCGAGGAUCGAGGAAGCCAUGGAGCGGUCCGUCCGAUGGUUAGACCGAUGCAUAGCAGCACACAAAUAUCCCGAGAGACAGAAUCUGUUCUGUAUCAUCCAGGGCGGCUUAGAUCUGGAUCUGCGGAAGAAGUGCUGCGCUGAGAUGGUUGCACGAGAUACACCGGGAAUAGCCAUUGGAGGACUUUCUGGUGGUGAAGCCAAAGAGGAUUUUUGUAAAGUGGUAGAUACCUGUACCGGGUUACUUCCAGAGGGAAAACCACGAUACGUGAUGGGCAUUGGCUAUCCUGAAGAUCUGAUCGUCGCAACCGCACUCGGCGCGGAUAUGUUCGAUUGUGUCUGGCCGACGAGAACGGCGACUUCCUCGUCCCCGCCGCAUAACACCUCCCACGAAGAACACCAGUACCUAAACCUUAUCCGCACCAUCCUCGUCGAGGGCGAGCACCGUCCCGAUCGUACCGGCACAGGAACGCGAUCCAUCUUUGCACCCCCGCAGCUACGCUUCUCACUCUGCAAACCAGGCCCUAGCCCCUCCUCCGACCCGAUCCCUGUCUUGCCUCUCCUCACGACCAAGCGCGUUUUCCUGCGCGCUGUCCUGGCAGAACUGCUUUGGUUUAUCUCCGGAAACACGUCGUCGAUCCCGCUCUCUGAAGCCGGGGUCAAGAUCUGGGAUGGGAAUGGCAGUCGGGAGUUCCUAGAUAAGGUUGGACUUGGACACCGGGAGGCUGGCGACUUGGGGCCUGUCUAUGGGUUCCAGUGGAGACAUUUCGGGGCGGAAUAUGUUGAUGCGAAGACUGAUUACACUGGCCAGGGGUACGACCAGCUGGCAGAUGUGGUGCGCAAGUUGAAGGAGACUCCGUUUGAUCGGCGUAUUAUUAUGAGUGCUUGGAACCCGGCGGAUUUGAAGAAGAUGGCCUUGCCUCCGUGCCAUAUGUUUGCUCAAUUCUACGUUUCUUAUCCCCAGUCCGCCGAGGGUGAAGACAAUAAGAAGGGAACUUUGUCUUGUCAGCUAUACCAGCGGUCGUGCGAUAUGGGUUUGGGAGUGCCGUUCAACAUUGCUUCCUACGCGCUUCUAACGCAUAUCCUGGCGCACGCGACUGACUUGAACCCGGGAACGUUGAUUCAUACUAUGGGUGAUGCUCAUGUCUAUCUUGACCACAUCGAUGCUCUGAAUGAACAGCUUGCUCGCGAGCCUAACGAGUUUCCGGAAUUGAAGAUCAAGCGUGAUGAUCGGGGAAGUGGUGUCGUUGAUGGCUGGAAGGAUGAUGAGUUCGAAGUGAUCGGUUACCAGCCUCACAAGGCGAUCAAGAUGAAGAUGAGUGUCUAA